AUGCUCUUUGAGUCAUUGCACCGUUUUUCCAGUCGCGCCGAUCGAGUGAUGAUGUAUCCUUCCCACAUGUUCGAGGCGAAUAACGGCAGCUCUGUGGAUACCCAAUUGCUCAUCAAAGCUCGCGAUGAAUAUCGAGUCAAGCUCGUUCCCAUUACAGUUCAGCACAAGGAUAAUAAAGACGAUACCUGGGCUGAUUCAUACACAAAGCUCCUCGCUUUUAAUCAGACUCAAUACAGCCGCGUGCUCUCUAUCGAUUCUGAUUCCACGCUGUUGCAAGACAUGGAUGAACUAUUCCUUUCGCCCCCAGCGCCAGUAGCUAUGCCAAGGGCCUACUGGCUGUUUCCUGAGAAGGAGAUCCUCUCAUCCCAGGUGAUACUUAUCCAACCUUCUGAAAAGGAAUUUGCUCGCAUUAUGGCCAAGGUGGAUUCUGCCUCUGAGAACGACUUCGAUAUGGAGAUUGUGAACUAUCUGUAUCGCGAGAGUGCCCUUGUCCUCCCACAUCGUCCAUAUGAUCUGUUAACGGGUGAGUUCCGUGCAGACAAUCACAAGAGGUAUCUCGGCUCUGAUACUGAGCCUUGGGAUCCCGCCGCUGUCUACAACGAAGCUAAACUCGUCCAUUUUUCGGACUGGCCGGUUUCCAAGCCAUGGAUACAAACGGAUGAGGAACUUCGCCUCCAAUCACAACCCAAUUGCACGACUUUGGCAGAUGGCGCAGAGGACUGCGCGGCAAGGAUAAUAUGGAACUCUUUCUACACAGAUUUCAAACGAAAGCGCAAGGAGAUUUGCGGACUGGAUGAGGUGAUAUUGCCCAAGGAAGAGUACGAGGAAUGA